CAGUACGCGUGCAGCGACCAUGUGCUUGUGACGUCAUCACACGGCGACACGCCGCGACAAAAUAAAAUAGCCGAGAAUCCAGAACCCGUGUUAGCUUCCGAUCUUUCGAGAGAAGAAAAUGAAGGCGAGACGUGCGUUACACUUUGUCUUCAAAGUCGGCGACCGAGCUCAGACCAUCCGUUUUUACCGAGAGCUACUGGGCAUGCGCGUCCUGAGACAUGAAGAAUUUGAAGAAGGUUGCAAGGCCACGUGCAAUGGUCCCUACGAUGGCAAAUGGAGCAAAACUAUGGUGGGCUAUGGACCAGAGGAUGACCACUUCGUCGCAGAGCUAACUUACAACUACGGUGUUGGGAAUUACCACCUUGGGAAUGAUUUCCUGGGCACGACUGUUGCAUCAAGCCAGGCUGUAAAAAACGCCAGAAAAUUGCGGUGGCCACUGAAGGAGAUCUCAGCAGGCCUUUACGAAUCGGAAGCCCCAGGAGGAUAUAAGUUCUUUCUGGAAGACAAAGAACAACCUCAAGAAGAUCCGGUGCUGAAGGUGACUCUGGCUGUAUCCAACCUGCCGAAAUCGGUAGAAUACUGGUCCGGGUUGCUGGGCAUGAAAGUGUACGAGAAGGACGAAGGGAAGAAGAAUGUUUUGCUCGGUUAUGCCGAUAACCAGUGUAAACUCGAGCUGCAAAGCAUCGGCCAGGAUGUGGACCACGGCACGGCCUUCGGGCGAAUCGCCUUCUCUUGCCCCAAGGAAGAGUUGCCUGUUAUUGAAGCCUUAAUGAAAAAGGAGAACCAGAAGAUUUUGACUCCUUUGGUGAGCCUGGACACACCCGGGAAAGCGACUGUGCAAGUUGUGAUUUUGGCUGAUCCUGACGGCCACGAAAUCUGCUUCGUGGGCGACGAAGCCUUUAGGCAGCUCUCAAGGGUGGACCCAGACGGCGAGAAGCUCCUGGAUGAGGCAAUGGCGGCCGAUAAAAGCCACGAGUGGUUUGCCAAACAUAACCGCUCCAAGCCUUCGGCAUAACCCACCGGGGUUUGCUAACCCCCGGCUCCCUCUGAGCCUGGAAAACAGGAAGCUUAAAUCCCAUCUCUGCGGUACUGCCAGAUUAUUAUUUUUUUCUCUGCCUCUUCUGGGUCCUGUAGUGUUUUGCAGGGAGGAAGCGAUUGUGUGUUCCAGUUAGCAGAACCCGAACCUUGCACCAAUUGUGGUGACGACCUGUCUUAUUUUUUUUUUCUGCACACUUUCUUUUCUCAUUCCACUCAAAAAGCACCCGUCGAACGUUGGGCUGGGAAAUUACUCGGAACCAAUUGCAGGAAUAUCUUUAGCCUGUGUGUUAAAAUGGAGAUUUUGUUGUUGUUGUUAUUUUGGUGUUUUUGUUUUUUUCCCUAAACCUUUGAUUUAAUUCUAGCAAGUUGUGUAUUCCGCCCAGCUUACCGUGGCUCAAAUUUUGAGGGUGCAGACAGUGCCACAUUUUGGUGGCAGGCACAGAGAUUCAGGGUGCUGUACUUUCAGCCGCGCAAAACGUGGAUGGCAUAUUUAUAACUGCCAUUGUGACUUUUUGGGGGCCAACUUUGCCCCGCUUCGGGCUUUUUUUUCACUUCCCCUCCACCCUAAACAUUAUUGCAUAUUCCAUCCAACUCAAGAUUUACGAACAAUACAGGCAGCUGAAUGACGUCACCAACGCUAAAGCUGGUUUAGAGGCUAACAGGAGGAAAAAACGCUGACGAGACGGCCUGCAAAAUGUCAAAUGUGAAAUCUAUGGAAUUAAAAAAAAACUAUAAAAAUGUU